UGAGUGCUUGGGCCGGGAUGUUGGCGUAUAUACGGGCAGGGGUGUUACCGCCGGCCGUGCUUGGUGUGGGGCGCGCUGAGAGUGGGGCGCGCAGAAUCGUACGGAGGCUUUUCGGUUUGUUGGAGGCUCGAGUGCCCCCCGCCUUGGGGUUCAAAACCAAAUUAAUUUAACCCGAGAAAUAGCUGGAGUGCAGCGGAAGUCAUUGAACAGUCACUGGCUUCCCUAGGCUCCGUAUAAAGGUCUUCUUGGUGUCCAGUGUCGCGCAGACUGAGGAGGAACGCGGGACGGAGUCGUGUGUCACCACGGGAGGAGUGAGCAGGAGAGAAGAGAGCGCUAGGAAAUGUGCCACGGGGCAAAAGGUGUCCUUCCUCCCUCAGGGCUGUGAGAAAAGCUAACGUCAGGGCAGAGAGCGGAGCGGGGACAGCGCUUGUGGUCCAUCAACUUUUCCUGACUGAUUUCAGUGUAUGGGAAGUCCAUGUGCCUGCGAGUGUGUACGCUGUGGUGCGAGACGACCUUCUGGCGGGGUGAGCUGCGGUGUGGACUGUGAUUUUCUCAUGCACGUUUAUUGCAGUAAGCUAUGCUGAGGAAACGCUGUGGCAUUGUGAAGCAAGAAAUAUGGGACAGCUAAUCGCAAGGAGGAGCCUGCUUUUUCUGUUUUCCUUUACCAGUUACCGUAGUUUACAAAGUGAAAACGUGAAAAGCCAACCCUGCUUUCUGGCACACAGAAAUACGGUGAAGAUGCCUCCAAGUGUUAGAGACAGGGCUUUGUCCUCAGAAGUGCCUUUUUGCUCGUGGGCAGCAGUCAGUCGCUGAAGCCAGGGGCUCGGUAACCUGUGUGUAUUAGGUGUCAGCAGGAAGGCAGGACCUUCGCCAUGGGGUACAACAAAAGCUGGAUUUCGAGGAAUGAAAGCGAGCAUCCCCCGUACCAGGCUGUCACCGGAGCCCUGGAGAUGAGGAACGCCUCGGCUGGGCAGAUGGUGUGGCAGGGUGGGAACAGCAGCCAGGCUGGGGCUGCUGAGAGCGAGGAGCACGGCGAGGAGCAGACCUACAGGCAUUUCACUACCACGGUGCAAAUCGUCAUCUUCGUAGGCUCUUUGCUGGGUAACAUCAUGGUGCUGUGGUCAACUUGCAGAACAUCAGUACUCAAGUCUGUAACAAACAGACUCAUUAAGAAUUUGGCCUGCUCGGGGAUCUGUGCCAGCCUAGUCUGUGUGCCUUUUGACAUUGCCCUUAGUGCCAGUCCACACUGUUGCUGGUGGAUCUAUACAAUGCUCUUCUGCAGAAUUGCCAAGUUUCUGCACAAAGUCUUCUGCUCAGUGACCAUCCUUAGUUUUCCAGCCAUUGCUCUUGACAGGUACUACUCUGUUUUAUACCCUCUGGAACGAAAAAUAUCUGAUGCAAAAUCCCGAGACCUGGUCAUCUAUAUCUGGGCCCAUGCAAUAGUGGCCAGCAUUCCAGUAUUUGCUGUAACCAACGUGUCUGAUAUUUAUGCCAUGUCCACCUGUUCUGAAUCUUGGAGUUACUCCCUUGGCCACCUGAUAUAUGUCAUCAUCUAUAACAUCACCACAGUGAUUGUACCAGUGGCUGUGGUAUUUCUCUUUAUGAUUCUUAUUCGCAGGGCACUGAGUGCCAGCCAGAAGAAAAAAGUCAUCAUAGCUGCAUUAAGGACCCCUCAGAAUACAAUUUCUAUACCUUACGCCUCCCAGCGAGAAGCUGAGCUUCAUGCCAUGCUGCUUUCCAUGGUUAUGAUAUUUAUUUUCUGCAGUGUCCCCUAUGUAACUUUGGUGAUUUACCGCACCAUACUCAAUAUUUCAGAUAUUUCAAUCUUCUUGUUCCUCACUGCCAUCUGGUUGCCCAAGGUCUCUUUGCUGGCCAAUCCUUUAUUAUUUUUAACUGUGAACAAAUCAGUACGAAAGUGCUUAGUGGGGACACUAGUACAGCUGCACCAAAGGUAUAGCAGGAGAAAUAUUGUCAGUUCAGGUGGUUUUGCAGAUGCUAAUCUGGAGCCCAGUGUCCGUUCAGGAAGCCAGCUUCUGGAGAUGUUUCAUAUCGGGCAACAACAAAUCUUCAAGCCAGCAGAAGAUGAGGAGAAUGAGACCAAAUCUGUUGGUGCUGGUGACUUGGAACAGAAGGAAAUUCCUACCACCAGUUUAGAAGUAGGAGAGACUUUGGUUCACAAAUUUAUACCACAGACAAUUGCAGACUCUACAGCUCAGGUGGCGCCGGCUGUGGUCACAGAAGCUGAUACGGUAAAUGACAAGUAUUCCAUGCAGUUUGGUUUUGGACCCUUUGAGCUGCCUCCCCAGUGGCUCUCAGAAAACCGAAACAGUAAGAAGCGACUCCUGCCUCCUUUGGGGAAUACACCUGAAGAGCUAAUCCAGACAAAACAGCCUAAAUGUAAAGCAGAAAGAAAAAUCAGCAGAAACAAUAAAGUCAGUAUGUUUCCCAAGGUAGAUUCUUAGUAAGAGCAGAAGCUUUAAGUGACAGGGGAAGGUCACCUUCUGUUGUAUGUGUGAUCCCAUGGAUCUUAUGCUGAAAUUUGUUACAGGCUGAUUUUUUUGUUUGCUCCAAAUAUAAUUUAAACAAACAAAGGUAAAAAAACAUACAAGUAUUCCUUAUUAAUAUGUUUUCAUGAAAAUAAUAUAUCAAGAGAUGGUGGUUUUUAGUUGUAUCUGUGAAAACCCCACAAUGAUACCUGCCUGAUUUACUUUCAAAAAGUACAUAUGGCUUUGGGAAUGCUUUGUAUGGCUGAAAAAUGAAAAUAGUGGCAGUUUGCUGGGAAGCCUCAUGUUGUAUUAAAAUGGACUGUGUCAAAAUAACUUCAUAGGAAAGGCUGUAGGGAGCAGAAGACAGAUGCAAAAUGGGUAAGUCCUAACCUGCUGUAAAUAUACAAAGCAAGGUUCUGCACAUCUCAUCAAUGAAGUAAGAUGGACUAUUAAGUAGAUAUGUUUUCUAUUAAGCCCAUUUCUUCAAUCAGUGUUAAAACUCCCAUGACUUUUUGCACAAAUUAGUUACCAAGUAUCUGUCUGCACUCUUUUUUUGGCCUAAAAAAAACCUUCCACACAGCCAAAAAUACCCAAAUAAUCAUGUGUCAAACCUGAGAAAGAUUUUAUU